CAGAACACUAGUCUCUUGGUUGCAGGUUCGUUGUGGUGACUGGGUAGCUAGCUACUGUACAUUUGCUGAACCGAAGAAUCGCUAACAAUGUCGCGGGUUCUUGUUGGAGUUAAACGUGUAAUUGACUAUGCUGUCAAGAUCCGCGUGAAGCCCGACCACAGCGGGGUGGUGACAGAUGGCGUCAAGCACUCCAUGAACCCCUUCUGUGAGAUCGCUGUGGAGGAGGCCGUCAAACUCAAGGAGAAGAAGUUCAUCAAAGAGGUGGUGGCCGUCAGCUGUGGGCCCACGCAAGUAACGGAGACCAUCCGUACUGCACUGGCCAUGGGGUGUGACCGCGGCAUCCACGUGGAGGUCUCAGGAAAAGACUACGAGGCCAUGGGACCCCUGCAGAUCUCCAAGAUCUUUGCUGCCCUAGCCAAGAAGGAGGAGGCCUCACUCGUCAUCCUGGGCAAACAGGCCAUUGACGAUGACUGUAACCAGACAGGUCAGAUGACGGCAGCCUUGUUAGACUGGCCUCAGGGCACAUUUGCCUCUGAGGUGACCAUCGAUGGGGAAAAGGUGAAGGUGGUGAGGGAAAUCGAUGGUGGUCUAGAGACCAUCAAAAUCAGCAUGCCAGCCGUCCUCACAGCAGACCUUCGACUCAACACCCCCAGAUACGCCACCCUGCCCAACAUCAUGAAAGCCAAGAAGAAGAAGAUAGCCAACAUGAAACCAGCAGACCUGGGGGUGGACAUGGUGUCGCGAUUGGAGGUGUUGAGGGUGGACGAGCCCCCAACGAGACUGGCCGGAGUGAAGGUGGAGACGGUGGAUGACCUYGUCGCCAAACUCAAGGCUAACGGAACAAUCUAGAGGCCRUGUGGGAGCCAAAGGGGGAGUGCAGMGGACACACAGAGGGGUCUCUGUUUGAGAGAUGGAACAAAGUAACUUAGCAAACGUGGAGGACUGGUUGCAUAAUGCAGAACCCAUCGCCACCCGGCCCUCUGUGUUUAACUCUGACUUCCAUGAUAGUAGCCUACUGACCUGGAAUAAAGGGAUACUGAGAAACACUGUCCUGUAGGAACCCACACAGCCCAGAGGGUGAAGAAGAAGAGGGUCUGUUGUUAUUGUGCAAUUUAAUUCACAUGGUACAUCUGUAUUGUAAUUAAUGUAUCUUCUCUGUGAGUAUAGGUAACUAGGUAUGGAGGACCUAGACUCAAAAAAUGCACAACUUCCAAGCCAGUAAUAUAAGUCAGUAACUUUCUUUCACCCAUGUUUCUGUAUGUUGGAUCUUGUGCAUUCAGGGUUUGUGAUAUGUCUACUGACUUGGUUUGUAUAAAGUUUAUAUAAAUAUAAUUAUUUCUGAGUUGGGUGGCAGCUCCGGUUGGACAGUGUCUCUCAGUAGAUGUGGGGAAAUUAUUUUUAAAAACACACACAAAGUUGACUUUUUACCAUAAGCGCCUCUUCUGUUUAGAUUGUACAGCAUCCUACCAUAACAAUAAAGGUAUCUUUUUCAUAUCUACA